AAUUCUCCACUUUGUUUGGAACUCAGAAAUUGAUAUUUACUUUUUCUCCGUCCGUUUCUUUUCCUCUCUUUUCUUAAUUAAUCACUUUGUCUUUUUCCACCCUCUUUUCUUUAUUCCUAGAAAACUCUUCUUCUGUUCAUCCAACAAAAUUUAACAAAAAAGAAAAAAGAAAAAAGAAAAAAAGAAACACACACAAUUAUAAAUCUAAAAACUAAUCAGAUAUAUAGGGUUAUUUAUUUCUCUUUUCCUUGUGAAAUUUGCUCCAAGUCAUCCUAUGGCUUCCGAAAAUUUCAGACACGGAAGACCAACCCUUUUGCUAGAUUCUAUGCACAAGACAUGAUGAGGAAGGGAUUUAACAUUCGUGACACCAAGUUUCUUUGAUCUCUAGGUGUGACUCGCCUUGCUUUCUCGCUGGCGAUGUUAACCAAGCCUGGAAAGAAGCUUCUUGACUCCUUAGAGUCAAAUCAUCAUGUCUCGUCCUUGGGUCCAAAAGAAUCAGCUAAUCAUACAACAAAUUCGAAUUAUCCACCGUUAGAUAUCGUUCAUCAAACUCCACAACCACGCAAAGAGAUGCAGAAGCCAUCGUUUGAUCACACGAAGAUGGAGAGUCUUAUAAAACCAGAGCCGGUUGGGUUCAGCAAUCACCACCGUCCAAUCCCUAGUCCCAAAAUCCCAUCCUCACCUGGUUCCAACAUGACCGAGUCACAAUCAAACUUAAACACUAAACAAAACAACAGUAACAACAAUAGCAAUAUGAGUUCAAGAAGCAACAGCAUUGAGAGCACUUCUUCUAAUCCUUCUAAGCCACACACAGGUGGUGACAUAAGGUGGGAUACUGUGAAUAUGUUGACCUCCAAAGGAGUCCAGCUAGGUAUCAGCGAUUUCCGGCUUCUAAAACGGCUAGGUUAUGGAGACAUCGGUAGUGUAUACCUAGUCGAGCUAAGAGGAACCAACACCUAUUUCGCCAUGAAAGUGAUGGACAAGGCUUCCUUGGCUAGCAGGAACAAGCUGUUGCGAGCUCAAACAGAGAGAGAGAUCUUGUCUCAGCUUGAUCACCCGUUCUUGCCAACUUUAUACUCACACUUCGAGACUGAUAAAUUCUACUGCUUAGUCAUGGAGUUUUGUAGCGGAGGUAAUCUCUAUUCCUUGAGACAGAAGCAACCAAACAAAUGUUUCACAGAAGACGCCGCGAGAUUCUUUGCAUCUGAAGUGCUUUUGGCAUUGGAGUACUUGCACAUGCUCGGUAUCGUGUACCGUGACUUGAAGCCAGAGAAUGUUCUAGUCCGAGACGACGGCCACAUUAUGCUCUCCGAUUUCGAUUUAUCCCUCCGAUGCUCCGUCAGUCCAACGCUCGUCAAGUCCUCCUCUGUUCACGCCGCCGGCGGAGGAAGCGGAAGCGGUCGACCCGUCGGUCUCAUAGACGAGGACGCGGCGGUGCAAGGAUGUAUCCAACCGUCCACAUUCUUCCCGCGGAUUCUACAGUCAUCGAAGAAGAACCGAAAGGCCAAAUCGGAUUUUGGACUCUUCGUUAACGGAUCACUGCCGGAACUCAUGGCGGAGCCAACGAACGUUAAAUCAAUGUCAUUCGUGGGAACACACGAGUACUUAGCACCGGAGAUCAUCCGUGGAGAAGGACACGGAAGCGCCGUAGAUUGGUGGACCUUAGGAAUAUUUAUCUACGAGCUUCUUUACGGAGCGACGCCGUUUAAAGGACAAGGGAACCGUGCGACGCUUCACAACGUGAUCGGACAAGCUCUUAGAUUCCCUGAGGUUCCUCAUGUGAGCUCGGCUUCGAGAGAUCUGAUCAAAGGGUUAUUAGUUAAAGAGCCGCAAAAACGGAUCGCUUACAAACGAGGCGCGACGGAGAUCAAGCAGCAUUCGUUUUUUGAAGGUGUGAACUGGGCGCUGAUUCGUGGUGCAACGCCGCCGCAUGUACCGGAACCUGUUGAUUUUACGUGUUACGCAAGCAAGGAUAAAGAGUCUAUGGCAGCUAUCGACGGAGGCGGCGGCGGAAAGAAGAAUAAUAAAGGUGGUGGUGGUGGUUGCAGUAAGUCUAACGGCGGUGGUGAUGAUCCUGAUUACAUUGACUUUGAAUAUUUUUAGCAAUUGAGAUAAUAGAUGGUGAUGACUUCAUCAAACAAUUUUAUACCCUUUUGUUGGCUUUUUUUGUUGUAUUUUAUGAUAAUUGAUUUACCCAACAUUUUUUUUAAUAUGAAUUGUAUAAUUUGAGGGAAUGUCUUUAAUUACAUUCUGCUAUUUUGUAAUUGACUUUUGUAUA